CUUCCGGGUUACCAGUGAGCAUCACCCGUCCGUAAGGUCGUUCAACUGUGGUAAAACAUACCCAGCAAUUAAUCGUUAACCAGGUUGUGACUCAGCAUACUUGCCACAGGCAGUUUAACACAUCUUACACGCCAUCUCUCACCAACAGCUGACCCAAUCAUGUCCGAAAAGGCCUUCAAAACAGGUUCCGCUGCCCCUGACCCCCCAGCACCGGGUGUCCUCCGUCUGAUCAGUAUGCGGUUCUGUCCGUACGCACACAGGACCAUUCUCGCUCUCACAGCCAAGGGAAUCGAGUACGAGACCGUCAACGUUUGUACGGUCAACAAGCCCGAGUGGUUCUUCUCCAUCAACCCCCUGGCCAAGGUGCCCACCCUGCAGCAUGACGGCAAAGUCGUGUACGAGUCCCUGGUGUGUAACGAGUACGUGGACCGGGUCUUCCCGGGCAGGAAGCUGUUACCGGAGGAGCCUCUGGAGAAGGCUCGGAUCGGGAUGCUGCAGGCCAUCUGGGACGCUAAGAUUUCCCCGAACUUCUACAAGAUCGCUGACAAAGAUCAGGAAGGACGCGAGGACAUCAUAAAGGUCUUCAAAGAAGGGAUGUCCUAUCUUGAGAAGGAAGUCACAUCUAAGACUUUCUUCGGAGGCGAGGAGCCCGGAUUCCUUGACUACAGUCUGUGGCCGUGGUUCGAGCGGUUACCUGUACUGGAGGUGGCGAGCGGCUUCAAGCUGGAGGAAGCUGAGUUCCCAAAGCUCUUCGCCUGGCAGGCUGCAAUGCGCGACCGUCCCGAGGUGAAGAUGCACGCCAAAGAUACGCCGACACAUCUCCAGUAUCUCAUGAGCCGCAAGCAAGGCAACCCUGACCCUGAUGCUGGACUUCAGGCCUAAACCACUGUUCUUAAGCUUCGGUCACAAUACACCUUAUUCCAGAUACGGCGGCCAAUUUUUAAAAUUUUUUGAGGUCAUUCGGGGUCAUGCAAAAAUGGAGGCUGGAGAUGUGUCUCUGAGUGAAAGCAUGUAUUUAACUUUAAACCACUGAAGAUGGUGAACCUGUAUUGUCAAGGACAUGUCGUCGUGUCCCGAGUUAAUUUCAAUUCGAAUUAAAAAAAAUCUGGGACCCGGUCAAUCCCAAAUAUAGCCUGAUUGGUACGGUGUCACGCCCGAGAGUAAUAAAAACGGCCCAAGAACUACCCGGCAGGGCCUCCUUUUUCUAAUUGUGACCGAAGCAUUAGUCAAACGAGCUUUUAUAUCAUUAUCAAGGCCAUUUGAGGUCCGUUUUAACCUUUUUUCAUACACAAUCUUACGCAUAAUUGGCACCUCAUACGCAUAUACAUUCCUUUGUGCAGGCGUGCUGGGCAGUACCGACGCAAAGCGACUGCUUAUCGAACCAAAAAAAUAAUAAUUUUGGCCGCAAACUUUACCUGAGACAACAAAAAAUGUCAAUAUGAAACUCAUAUGUAUUUGUGUACACGCACAAAAUAUGAAGGCCGACACUUAACACCUCCAUUCCACUAUAGGCUGGUGAUCUUGUUGCGAUCGCGCCAUGACCAAACGAUUUGAUACAUGCAGUGCUCAACGAAUUUCAUCAAUAAAAAAGAACGAAUCUAUGUA